AAAACAAAACAGAAAGUAGAAAUACCCAUUCGUAUAGGCAGCCGUUGCUAAUGCCAAUAUUUAGAAGCAGGAUAAGUAUCUGCUAUUAAGAUGGCAGCUCCAGCAAUAUUGGAAAGAUAUGUUGCCGCUAUGGUUUUGAGUGGUGUAGGUGACGCGAUGGGAUAUAAAAAUGGAAGUUGGGAAUUCUGUCAUUCGGGGACCGCAAUACACCAGGAAGCCGAAGACUUAGGAGGAAUUGAAAAAUUGAACAUAAAAAAAAAGGAUUGGAUGGUUAGCGAUGACACUGUUUUACAUUUGGCAACAGCCGAAGCUUAUAUGGAAACUAAAGACACAAAAGACAAAGAAACUUUAUAUAAACAUAUUGCAGAAAAAUACAAAGAAGGUAUGAAGGACAUGAGUGGAAGAGCACCUGGCCCAACAACAAUGAACUCUUGCCAUAUGCUGAAACCUUUACGAGAAAAAGGAUAUGAAAUUCCAUUCAAUCCGCGAGGUGGUGGCUGUGGCGCUGCGAUGCGGGCAAUGUGUAUUGGUCUUAGAUAUCCGAAGCCAGAUCAACUAUCCGAUUUGAUCGCCGAUAGCAUAGAAUCCGGACGUAUGACUCAUCACCACCCAACGGGAUUUCUAGGAAGUUUAGCAGCCGCUUUGUUUACAGCAUACGCUAUACAGAACAAACCAAUAGAGCAGUGGGGUGCGGGUUUAAUGGACACCCUACCUCUUGCUAGUGAGUACAUAAAGGAAAGGGGUCAUGAGGUUAAAGAUAAUUUAAAAGAAUGGGGAUAUUUCGAAAAUGCAUGGACAAAUUAUUUAGAAACACGAAACAUUACAUCUGGGAAAACUCUACCGAAAUUCCCCUCAGAGUAUGGAAUCAAUGAACGUGAUAAAUUUUACAAAUCUGUAAGUUUUUCUGGUUGGGGUGGAGCUAGUGGACAUGAUGCACCAAUGAUUGCAUAUGAUGCUAUGCUCGGAUCGGGUGAUAGUUGGAUUGAAAUAUGUAAAAGAGGUAUUUUACAUUCUGGAGAUAACGACAGCACAGGAGUAAUGGCAGGGUGUUGGUUUGGAGCAAUAUAUGGAUUUUUGGGAGUUCCCGAUAAUCACCAUAAAAAACUUGAAUACCGAAAACGUUUAGAAAAGGCAGGAGAAAAGCUAUACAAAAUGUCACAUACAGGUAAAGAACAACAAUCAUCGAGCAUACCAUGUCAAACUGAAGGCCAGGAUAAAACUGAGACUUGUAGUGAUUCAAGUCAGAAAAGUCCUUUAGCUUCUCAUGAUAAAAAAAAGUCUGGGACAUUAAGUCAAGGAAAUGAGGUAAGAGAUACAAACACUGAAACUGUAGAUGUCGGAACACCAGAAUCUAAGGACAGUAAACAAGUUAAAGUACGAGACAACAACGCAGAACCAGUUGAGGUUGGUGAAGACAGUUCAAAACAAUCAACUAUCCAGGAUGCAGAAAAGAAAGCAACAGAAAAAGUGAUAACUAAUGUUUGAUGCACUGUCUUGACUUUUUAUACAAGUGUAUUGUAUUUAUUCAAUGAAAUAAACCAUAUGUAUUCUUAGUAUAA